AUGCCACGCAAUACACCAUUCGGCUCACUGGACGGCGCCCCAGCCCUUACUGUGUUCGCCAUCACUCAAAUCGAAAACCUGGCAAAAGCCAUUGACGAAUCCGAGAUGAACAAUGUUCCACUGCCAGAGUACAUUGGUGAGGGCAUCGCUCUAUUGUCCUCCCAACUGCAGGAAUUUCGUCCAGACGAUAACAUCCCACUCUUCCUUUCUCCCGAGAUAGAUAAACAAGAGAUAAUAAACAACAACCUCGAAGUCGCUUGGUACCUCUCUACUUGCAUUUAUUACCACAAUCGCAUCAAUAACACCUUCAUUGUCGAUGUUACCUUUGCUGUUAAUGGGGUAUUGAUGUGCCUACUCCGAGCUGAAGAGAUCAAGGCGCAGUUGGAGCCUAAUUUGGAAUCCCGAGAUGAUCCAGUGACGUUCCCGGCUUUUGUGGCAUGCUGCAAUGCGGUUGAUCGCCAACACUGGGCAUCCUGGUGGCAAGCAAUGCAAGAAUAUGACUCUCCAAAACUUAAGGCUCAGUGGAAGGCUAUCAGGAUUAUUUGGUAUGUUAUGGAUGUGACGCAGGAGGUAGGGGAGGUUGACUUGAGCUGGGUGGACAUUAUGCAAGGGCGUGACGCAAGCCUUUUGUCUACUAUGUUUGAAGAACUUGGUUUUUGUUGA